AAAUAGAAUGAGUUGUUAAGAAGAGAAGAGACCUUGCGCUGCAACAUCUUGUACUUUCACUUUGCUUCAUGCUUCAUUUUUAGCUUUUCUUGAAAUAGAUGUAUUGUAAAAUAGACUAGAUUUAUUCUAAACCAUCCGAGGGGGAUAUUUUAGUCAUGGGUGUAUGUAUUCUGGUUACUGGCCACUGAUAUCACUGGAUCCUGUUUGAGAGCACGCUGGUCUAGUUCAGGGAAAAUGGGAUGUAACUGCAGUUCAGACUAUAAUGAUGAAGACUGGAUAGAGAACCUGGAUGAAGUGUGUGACCACUGCAACUGCCCAAUUCCCCCCCAGUCAGUCAACACGUACACAGAGCAGCUGAUCCCCUAUGACCCGUACCAGCAGCCUCCCACAUCUCCUUUACCAGAUGAUCUCAUGGUUGCCAUAUACAGCUAUGAACCCAACCAUUCUGAAGACUUGGGGUUUGACAAGGGAGAGAGGCUACGGAUCCUCAAUAAAAAUGACCCAGAGUGGUACUUGGCUGAGUCCCUCAUCACCGGACAGAGAGGCUACAUCCCACACAACUUUGUCGCCAGCCUAAAUACCAUGGAGACGGAGCCAUGGUUCUUCAAGAACCUCACCAGAAAUGACGCAAUGAGGCUUCUGCUGGCCCCUGGGAACACACAGGGCUCCUUCCUCAUCAGGGAGAGUGAGACCGCCAAAGGCUCCUAUUCCUUAUCUGUGAGGGACUUGGACCACAACCAGGGUGAGACGGUCAAGCACUACAGGAUCCGUAACCUGGAUGAAGGUGGUUUCUACAUCACCGCCAAAAUCUCCUUCAGCUCCCUCAAGGAGCUGGUCCAACAUCACAUGCGUGAGGCUGACGGGCUGUGCACCCGGUUGCUGAAGCCGUGUCAGUCUAAGUUGCCCCAGAAGCCCUGGUGGCAGGAUGAGUGGGAGGUCCCUCGCGAGUCCCUCAAACUUGAGCGCAGGUUGGGAGCAGGCCAGUUUGGGGAGGUCUGGAUGGGUGUGUACAACAACAACAGGAAGGUAGCAGUCAAGAGUCUGAAAGCAGGGACCAUGUCCAUGGCAGCCUUCUUGGCCGAGGCCAACAUGAUGAAGAGCCUGCAGCACGCUCGACUGGUCCGCCUCUUUGCAGUGGUAACCCAGGAACCCAUCUACAUCAUCACAGAAUACAUGGAGAAUGGCAGUUUGGUGGAUUUCCUCAAGACAACAGAGGGGGGCAGUCUGCCCAUUAGCACCCUGAUCGACAUGGCCUCACAGGUUGCUGAUGGCAUGGCCUACAUCGAGGAGAAGAACUACAUUCACCGGGACUUACGAGCAGCCAACAUUCUGGUUUCCGAUGAGCUCAUCUGUAAGAUUGCUGACUUUGGACUUGCAAGACUCAUUGAGGACAAUGAAUACACAGCCAGAGAGGGUGCAAAGUUCCCCAUCAAGUGGACAGCACCCGAAGCUAUAAACUAUGGCACAUUCUCCAUAAAGACAGAUGUGUGGUCUUUCGGGAUCCUCCUGACAGAGAUAGUAACGUAUGGACGUAUACCUUACCCAGGCAUGAGUAAUCCUGAGGUCAUCCACAACUUGGAGCAAGGCUACCGUAUGCCCCGACCCGAGAAUUGCCCAGAGGGCCUCUACAACAUCAUGGGUCUGUGCUGGAAGGAGAACCCGGAGAACCGGCCCACUUUUGAGUACCUAAGGAGUGUCUUGGAAGACUUCUUCACGGCCACAGAGGGGCAGUAUCAGGAGCAGCCUUGCUGAGACAGACUGAUAUACAGACAAGCUGACACAGACUGAGAAAAAAGUGUCACACAUGACUUAGAUUGGGGCAGCUGUGACAAGGAAAAAAUAAGAAUGAAACGUUGCUCCUGAUGAUCUAGCACAAGUCUUCCAAGUACACAAUGAGGUGCCACAUGAUAAAUACAAAAAGACAUGUAAAGUAAAUGCAGUGCGUGUUCUGAAAGUGUAAAUAAAUCCUCCUUUUAUAUUUUCUUAUUUUUUUUCUUUUUGCUGUGAAUUCAGUUUGUUAUGUUUUGCUGUUUCGGUCUGUAAUGUUUAAAAAAUAAUAAUGUAAUGCAUGCAACCUACAACAACAUUUAGGCGUUCUCUCUGUCAUAACAAGAUAUUUUCUUUAAAUAAAAUUUA